AUGGUUUCUGUAGAGAACAGAAUUCCUUUGGCCUGCAAAUUUUGCUUCAAGACCACAGACCGACUUUCUGUACAUCUUCGCAAAGUCUGCAGGAAAGGAGCAAGUGAUGCAGAGAUCAUGGCCCUUGUAGAGGAUUCAAGGUCCAAAAUGAAGAUGCUGCCUGUUGAAGCAGAGGAUCCCAUUGAUAACCCAGUGCCUGAUGGUGAAGAGAAUGAAGAGGAUCAUUAUGAAGAUGAUAUGGAUAUAGAGGAACCACUUCUUAUGCUGAGCACAUCUGCCAUCAACAUGUCAUCAAAAAAGAUUAUGGAGGAGGCAGGACUACACAAGAAGCAUUCAACUGAUUCUCCACUGCUCCAGGCAUUCAGAGGGUACUUGGAGAAAAAAUAUGCAAAAUCCGGAAUCAAACAUGAGCUUGAUAACGUAUCAAGAUGGCUGCAUUUUGUCAACCCAAACGAAGCUUUGGUCAGUUGCAUCCAUAACAUUGAGAGGAGCAUGCAGUUUUUUCAAGAGAUUCAAGCUUCGGCAGCCAGCAAGGCGACAGAUCAUAACUAUAUAGGUGGAGUCAAGAAAUUUAUAAGUUAUGUUGCCUCAGACCUUCAACUGUUGGAAGAGGAUCCAUCUCUGCGUGGGUCAAUUCAAUCAUUCUUGAAGAGUCUGACGGAGGUCCAGAAGUCAACAUACAAUAAGGAAAAAUCUGUGGAAAGAAAGGCGACAAAUCCAAUGGAGUGCCAGGAAGUUAUAAACAAAGCACACCAAUAUUUUGUGGAGAUUAUUGAUCGGGCCAAUGUCAAGAUUGAUUUAGAAGAGAAGGAUAUGACAUCAAUGCUGUUCUACUUAGAGGCGCUCUUGACUUUGCAGCACCUACAGAGACCAAGUGUCAUUCAGAACAUGACCGUUAAACAGUGGCUGGAGAGGACACACUACCAGAAUCAGUCUUCAGGCAGUGUAGCAGCUGUCAUAAAGGUGAAGGCUGCAAGACAGUACAUCGUUGUCCUCCAAGAAGCUGAAGGGAUGUGGUUUGACACCUUUUUUAGAAGAGUCCGACCACUUUUUGUCAAGAGGAGCUUGAAAGGAGAAAAUGGAUAUUUUUUUGUCUCCAGUAAAGGACAUAAAAUCCAGAACCCAACAACCGAUGUCCGCAGAUUCCAAGAAAAGUUUGAUGCUUGUUUGGCCAGCGGGCAGGAAACACAGGAAAUUUUUAUAAAAUUCAUCUGUGACAGCAGCUUGAGUGACCAGGAGCUCAUUGAAAGAUAUCUGAAGGCAGAUUCAAAUCUGAAUGAGAGCAACAUCAACGAGCAUAUAUGUGCUGCCAUAAGAGUGAGUGAGCUGCAGAGGUCAUGGGCCAAACCUUCACACUCAAGGUUAGUUUAGCUAAUGCAGUACGCAUCAUUGGCAGUAGCCUUUAUAGUUGUCGAUGUCUUGUUAAGUUGUUAUUCUUAUUACUUAACUUUUCUCUCAUUACCUCUACACAUGCUCACAUUCAAGACUUUGCAAGGGCUGCACCCUUCCUCUGGAAUUCUCUCCCAUGGUCUGUCCAAAUUUCUCCCAACCUUUCUGCUUUCAAGAAAUCUCUUAAAAUGCACAUAUUUAGA